AGCCCCACCCUUGCUGGUGCUCAAGGAAAAACCUGGGCCAAAAAUACGGGUUGGUCUUGUGAUCUUGUAGCAAAGAGCUUAUAUAUAAUAUACAGUAGUAAUGAAUCAGGGUGCAAUAAGAGGCAGCCAUGGGGUGGUAUGGAAUUGUGGGGUUAAGGGAUACCCAAAUAGGCCUGGGAAUGUUUAGGAUAACAUGACAGAGUAGGACAUUAUAACAGGAUAGCUCAGUCGCAGCAUCCUUUAGAAGUCAUUCUGUGAGUUAACUGCAAUAUAUUACUCUCCUGUUCUCUACAAACAUUGUCAUGUCAUCUGCUUUCCCCCUGCCCUUGCUGUUAUGCAAGCUGGAUGUGGAAAAAAUAUUCAAUUGGGUUUUAAAUACUUAUUGUAAUGUUAAGAACUAUGUCCCUUCCCCCUCUUAAUGGCGAUACAUGUUAAAAUAACAAUAAUUAGAAAUCCAAAGUAACAGACUGAAAUAUGUCUUGGCUCAGUACCAUAAAUAGCACCCCCCCAUCAGAUAAGAGUUAUGGGAAAUUCCACUGUCAUCCAUUCAAAGAAUAUUAUUAUUAUUAUUAUUAUGUGGUUGGAUGUAACCUUCCACUUUAAAACAUUUCCCCACUUUUGUUUUUCUGCCUAGAAACAUUUACUGUUAUUCAUCUUUGUAUUUUGUGUGUGCAUGUGGAAGCUUGUUAAAAACCUUUGUGUGGAGAUAAGCUGCUUUGCAGGCUUUUCAAAAUCUUUUGCACAGUUUUCUUUUUUUAAGUGCUCCAAAUAUCUCUAGUUAACUCACAGGUCAGCCAAAUGGCAAUUAUAAAUCUUAGGAGUAAUCUUUCUGUUUUUCUGUGUUGUGCUCUGUAUGUUUUUAAAGAUAAAAAAAUAAAAAAAGAAUAACACACUGGAAAACUCCAUAGCUUUCUCGGUACUCAGAGCUGUUCAUUAGCACUGGAAUCUUAUUCACAUCUGCCCAAGCCUAUAUCCAGCAUCGUCUGCAAGUAAUAUGGUUUUGACUUAGUGUCACUCAAUGAUGCUGUGGGAAAGAAGGAGCCAUGUCAGAAGACGCUACUAGUGAGACACGUUUAUCUUUGAAGACAGCAGCUUUAAGAGUAUUUGAUCUUCCUCUUUCCUGGUAUUCUUCCCUAACCCAGGUUAAGGUUUCCCCAGGUCUCAAGAAGUUAUUUGUAAUAACAGCAGUGGGUGCAGUGUCUGUGCUUUUUCUUGCCCAUCACUUCAAAAGAAAGCGUGGGAAGAAAACCAGGAAUGUAUCUCCAUGGGAGCCAGGCCACGUCGUGUUAGACUAUAUAAAAACACCUGCAUCAGAGAAAGGUUCCAGUUGUUCCAGCAGCAGACAAAAUCUAACACUUUCAUUGAGUUCAGCCAAAGAAAAAGGUUCUCAAUCCUAUAUCAAUGCAAAUGGAGGCCUCUUCAGUAAAUAUUCAGGUUCAGUGCAGAGUUUGGCCUCGGUCCAAAGUGCCGCAUCCUGUCCUAGCUGUGCUUGUGUCAAUUCUAGUUCCUGGGACAAAGCAGAUGAAGAUGAUAUAAAGCUGGUCAAUGUUCCAGUAACUACUCCAGAAAACUUAUACUUGAUGGGAAUGGAACUAUUUGAAGAAGCUCUUCGCCGAUGGGAGCAGGCACUGACGUUUCGUAACAGGCAAGCGGAAGACGAAGCCAACUGUAGCGCCGUCAAACUUGGAGCAGGUGAUGCUAUUGCAGAAGAAAGUGUAGAAGAUAUCAUUAGUGCUGAAUUCAUUCAUAAGCUUGAAUCCUUGCUCCAAAGAGCUUAUCGUCUUCAGGAAGAAUUUGAGGCUUCUCUUGGGGCAUCUGAUCCUGCUUCCUUUGCCAAUGAUAUUGAUAAAGACACGGAUAUCACUGUAAAGGAUAAUACCGAAGAAUUCAGCCUGCGGGAUACAUUAAGCAUGGGAUCAACAGAUUCAUUUGUUUCAGCUGCUGAGCUUGCAGAACACAAAGAGAGCCGAAACUCUUAUAAUCUGGAUUCGCUAUGCCAUUGCCCAUUAUACGAAGAAGCUAUGCACCUGGCAGAAGAGGGCAAGAUUUAUUCACGAGUCUUACGGACUGAUACGUUGGAGUGUCUGGGGGACAGCGACUUUCUUGCUAAGCUCCAUUGUAUCCGCCAAGCUUUUCAGGUAAUCUUUUCCAACGCCGCAAAUAGAAUAUUUCUUGCUGAAAGUGGAAGAAAAAUCUUGUGCGCGCUAAUCAUGAGAGCUAGAAAGAACCCAAAGAAAUUUGAGGAAGUAUUUGAUGAAAUGAUCUCUUUCUUAGAGCAGUCUGAUCAUUGGGCUAAUACUGAAAUGGAGCUUGCUGCUUGGGGAGUGAAACAUCUAAAUUUCUAUGAUGUUGUUCUGGACUUCGUAUUAAUGGAUUCCUUUGAAGAUUUAGAGAAUCCACCUAUGUCUAUACAAAAUGUGGUCAAUAACAAUUGGCUGAAUUCCUCUUUCAAAGAAACUGCUGUGGCUUCAAGCUGCUGGUCAGUUCUAAAACAAAAAAAGCAACAAAUGAAGGUUCCUGAUGGCUUCUUUGCACACUUCUAUGCUAUUUGUGAACACAUCAGCCCUGUUCUGGCAUGGGGCUUCCUUGGCCCCAGGAAUUCUCUGUAUGAAUUAUGCAACUUCUUCAAGGACCAGGUUCUCUAUUUCCUGAAAGACAUUUUUGACUUUGAAAAGGUGCGGUACUCCACUAUAGAUAACCUAGCGGAAGACCUUAUGCAGUUGCUGAUUCGACACACUGAUCUUCUCUUGGCUAACCUCGGAGCCGACUCGCUAAGGCAUUCCAGUGGCCUUGUUAGUGGAUGCGGGGACACAGCAGCCAGUGGCAUUUUGGAAGCUAAAGCACAAUAGUUUCCUCCUUUUCGUUCUUAAUGUGAGCACAAUUUUUUGCCGUUUUCUCCCUCAAGGAAAGCUGCCAUCGCUUCGGCUUUGGUUUUGGUUUCUUUUUCUUCUUUUUAGCAAGUACCUGAAAUCUACAAUGUUGUUAAAUAUGGACUCAGGGAAGUUAAAAAAAUAUAUGGAAAGAAUUGCUUGUGGAAAAAAGAUACUGCAUAUGUUUGGAGCAGGUAGCUUAACCGUCACUGGAUUUAUAUGUAAUAUAUCCCAACAUAUAUAUAUUUUUGAAAACGAAGUGAAAUGUAUUUGUGGAAAUACUGUGAAUUUCCUCUGAUAUUGUUUGUGACUGAAAGUGAUACAAAGAAACGUGGUAUAUAGUAUACAAGUUUGUCUCGAAGGUUUGCACUGUUGGAAUUACCCAGUACAAAGUCUCAAAAGCUCUACCUGACCCUGGCCACACACUUGCCAAGUUAUACAUUUACUGUUAUUUUUACUUAAAUGAAGUGCAAUAUAAUGACACUUAGAGUGACAAACGAUUUAACUUUGCCUUGAAAAUGUAUGUUGUGUGUAUAAGCUAUAGCUCAUUAUGUAGCGAAAUAAAUCGGUGCAUUCAGCCUUUGGGCAGCAAUGCCGUUCUAUAAGCUUUUUUUUUUAACAAAAAAUAAUAAUAGAGUACAAAGCUCAUAUUUUUAUGUAAAUUACCCUUCACUGAUAUUUUACAUUGGAAAUCACAGUCUAGGGAGGCCUUAAACAAUGCUCUUAAAUAAUUUAAUAAUUGGUUGAAUCCCCUUGCACCUUUAGAGAGCUUUUAAAACUUUUUACUAGUUGUGAAUAAGCUAGAAUCUUGUCUUGUUUGAAUGUAUCAUUUAAAGUAUAUUUGUGAGGGAGGGGGAAUGUUAUGUCAAAAACGAUAAUCAUGCAACAGACUUAAAUACAUGUUACUUCCGUCAUUUUAAAUUUUGUCUUCGUCUCUUUUGAAAAUUCUGGGGUUCAGUUUACGAAGUGACUCUUAGAAAAAGCAAAACUUCACAUCUAAGCUUGCAUAAUACAACCAUAAAAUGGGAUAUCAGAAUAAAAUGAUACUACAGUAAAAUAUUGUGAAGGCCUGGGCAUAUGAAAUGAUUCCACCUGCUUCUGGAAAGAGAAGGAAGAUUGCACCAGGUGAAGCUCUUGUGGGGGGAGGGGUGUGGAUUUUAAACACAGCAGAGAAGACUCUUGGUUAUCAUCACUGCACCUCAUAGGGUGGCAGAACCUGGAGCAGGACCUUUGAUGCUGAUCUGAAUCCUAUUUCACUUGCAGGAAAAGGUAAUCUGGCCCUAAACUGUUUGGGGCUUUCUAGGUCAAAACCAGCACUUUCUUCAGAAAUGGAUCGGAAGCCAAUUUAACUCUUUCAAAGAACUAUUGAGCUUUCACUCCAAGCAGCCAGUCCCCUUACAUAACUGCUGCAUGAUUUGCAUUAACUGUACAUCCAGCAGUCUUCAAAAGCUAUCAUCCCACAGUAAUCUAAACUGAUACAGUGGUACCUUGGUUUACAAACUUAAUCAGUUCUGCAAGUCCGUUCUUAAACCGAAACGGUUCUUAAACCGAGGCCCGCUUUCCCUAAUGAGGCCUCCUGCCGCUGGUGCCCUUCCACCGUUCGGAUUCUGUUCUUAGACCGAGGUAAAGUUCUCAAACUGGGACACUAUUUCUGGUUUUGCGGAGUUUGUAAACCAAAUCGUUCUUAAACUGGACUGUUCUUAAACCGAGGUACCACUGUAUUACCAGUGUAUGGAUAACUGUGAUCAGGCUGUAGAGAUAUAAUAUCACCUCCCACCAAACCGUGGGCAUGUUCAAAAACAGGUUGAAUACCAGUCCCACCAGCCCACGGUACUUCUGCCUUGUCUGGAUUCAGUUUUAGAUACUGUGAUCUAUGCCUAUGUCUAGAAAACGACACUAUUUGUUCAACUUGAAAGUCUGCAUACUAUUUGUGACAUUUUGGACUCGCUUAAUAAAACGUAUUGCCCUAA